GAGUCUUGCUCUGUCCCCCAGGCUGGAGUGCAGUGGUGCGAUCUCGGCUCACUGCAAGCUCCGCCUCCCGGGUUCACGCCAUUCUCCUGCCUCAGCCUCCCGAGCAGCUGGGACUACAGGCGCCCGCCAAUACGUCCGGCUAAUUUUUUGUAUUUUUAGUAGAGACGGGGUUUCACCGUGUUAGCCAGGAUGGUCUCGAUCUCCUGACCUCGUGAUCCGUCCGCCUCAGCCUCCCAAAGUGCUGGGAUUACAGGCUUGAGCCACCGCGCCCGGCUAUUAUUUUAUUAUUUUGUAGAGACACGGGUGGGAGUGGUCUCACUAUGUUGCCCAGGCUGGUCUCAAACCCAGCUCAAGAGAUCCUCCCGCAUCGGCGUCCCAAAGUGUUGAGAUUACAGGCGCCUGCCAUCGCGCCCGGACGCAGAUAUUUUCUAUGGGCAUCUGGAAUGGCGUCCCCAAAGCUUGGCGCCGUGCCAUAGUCAAGCCGGGUCGGGGGCUCGGGCCAGCCUUCAAAGCCGUUGGCAGCAAUCAGAACGAUCAACUGUUCCCUCAGUACCGCGACGUCGCCCCGUCCUGCCAAUGGCCGGCCCCUCUCUGGUCCCGAGGCCUCGCGAGAGCUCCCGUGGCUACGCCUUCCCCGGCCUCGGAACGGCCCCAUCCUUCCUCUUUCCCCGCCUCCCAGCGGCGCUCCACUCUCGAAUUGGCUGAUGGAUCCGAGUCAGUUUUUUUCCUCUCCAGAAAGCGGUUCGGCAAUUGGUUCUUCUUUUGGCCCCUCCUGCGAAGCCCGUGGAUUGGACGGCUGAGUCUGGCUACACGGGCCUCCGCGGGAGCGCGGCCGGGCCAAUCAGGAGCUUGGCGUAUUUUACAAACUGGGGAAGUAGCUCCAGCAGUAGCCAAGAGAGUCAGGGGGAAAGCGGAGGAAGCUGGGUCGGCCCUGAGGGGCUGUUGGUAAGUUGUAGCCAUCAUGACCACCCGGCAAGCCACGAAGGAUCCCCUCCUCCGGGGUGUAUCUCCUACCCCUAGCAAGAUUCCGGUACGCUCUCAGAAACGCACGCCUUUCCCCACUGUUACAUCGUGCGCCCUGGACCAGGAGAACCAAGAUCCAAGGAGAUGGGUGCAGAAACCACCGCUCAAUAUUCAACGCCCCCUCGUUGAUUCAGCAGGCCCCAGGCCGAAAGCCAGGCACCAGGCAGAGACAUCACAAAGAUUGGUGGGGAUCACUCAGCCUCGGAACCCCUUGGAGGAGCUCAGGCCUAGCCCUAGGGGUCAAAAUGUGGGACCUGGGCCCCCUGCCCAGACAGAGGCUCCAGGGACCAUAGAGUUUGUGGCUGACCCUGCAGCCCUGGCCACCAUCCUGUCAGGUGAGGGUGUGAAGAGCUGUCACCUGGGGCGCCAGCCUAGUCUGGCUAAAAGAGUACUGGUUCGAGGAAGUCAGGGAGGCACCACCCAGAGGGGCCAGGGUGUUCGGGCCUCUGCAUAUUUGGCCCCCAGAACCCCCACCCACCGACUGGACCCUGCCCGGGCUUCCUGCUUCUCUAGGCUGGAGGGACCAGGACCUCGAGGCCGGACAUUGUGCCCCCAGAGGCUACAGGCUCUGAUUUCACCUUCAGGACCUUCCUUUCACCCUUCCACUCGCCCCAGUUUCCAGGAGCUAAGAAGGGAGACAGCUGGCAGCAGCCGGACUUCAGUGAGCCAGGCCUCAGGAUCGCUCCUGGAGACGCCGGUCCAGCCUGCUUUCUCUCUCCCUAAAGGAGAACAUGAGGUUGUCACUCGCGCAGAUGAAGGAGGUGUGGCCUCUCUUGGUCUGGCCCAGCGAGUACCAUUAAGAGAAAACCGAGAAAUGACACAUACCAGGGACAGCCAUGACUCCCACCUGACGCCCUCCCCUGCCCCUGUGGCCCAGUCCUUGCCUGGCCAUGUGGUGCCAUGUCCAUCACCCUUUGGACGGGCUCAGCGUGUACCCUCCCCAGGCCCUCCAACACUGACCUCAUAUUCAGUGUUGCGGCGUCUCACCGUUCAACCUAAAACCCGGUUCACACCCAUGCCAUCAACCCCCACAGUUCAGCAGGCCCAGUGGCUGCAUGGUGUCUCCCCUCAGUCCUGCUCUGAAGAUCCUGCCCUGCCCUGGGAGCAGGUUGCCGUCCGGUUGUUUGACCAGGAGAGUUGUAUAAGGUCACUGGAGGGGUCUGGGAAACCACCUGUGGCCACUCCUUCUGGACCCCACUCUAACAGAACCCGCAGCCUCCAGGAGGUGAAGAUUCAACGCAUCGGUAUCCUGCAGCAGCUGUUGAGACAGGAGGUAGAGGGGCUGGUAGGGGGCCAGUAUGUCCCCCUUAAUGGAGGCUCUUCUUUGGAUAUGGUUGAACUUCAGCCCCUGCUGACUGAGCUUUCUAGAACUCUGAAUGCCACAGAGCAUAACUCUGGGACUUCCCACCUUCCUGGACUGUUAAACCACUCAGGGCUGCCAAAGCCCUGCCCUCCAGCAGAGCCUGGGCCCCCAGAGGCCUUCUAUAGGAGUAAGCCUGAGAUACCAGAGCCCUCCCCCCAGGAACAGCUUGAAGUACCAGAGCCCUGCCCUUCAGCAGAGCCCGGGCCCCCAGAAUCCUGCUGUAGGAGUGAGCCUGAGAUACCAGAGCCCUCUCGCCAGGAACAGCUUGAGGUACCAGAGCCCUGCCCUCCAGCAGAACCCGGGCCCCUUCAGCCCAGCACCCAGGGGCAGACUGGACCCCCAGGGCCCUGCCCUAGGGUAGAGCUGGGGGCAUCAGAGCCCUGCACCCUGGAACAUAGAAGUCUAGAGUCCAGCCUACCACCCUGCUGCAGCCAGCGGGCUCCAGCAACCACCAGCCUGAUCUUCUCUUCCCAACACCCACUUUGUGCCAGCCCUCCUAUCUGCUCACUCCAGUCUCUGAGACCCCCAGCAGGCCAGGCAGGCCUCAGCAGUCUGGCCCCUCGAACCCUAGCCCUGAGGGAGCGCCUCAAAUCGUGUUUAACCGCCAUCCACUGCUUCCACGAGGCUCGUCUGGAUGAUGAGUGUGCCUUUUACACCAGCCGAGCCCCUCCCUCAGGCCCCACCCGGGUCUGCACCAACCCUGUGGCUACAUUACUCGAAUGGCAGGAUGCCCUGUGUUUCAUUCCAGUUGGUUCUGCUGCCCCCCGGGGCUCUCCAUCAUGAGACAACCACUCCUGCCCUGCCGUGCUUUUUCCUUUUAGCCCUUAUUUAUUGUCGGUCUGCCCAUGGGACUGGGAGCCGCCCACUUUUGUCCUCAAUAAAGUUUCUAAAGUAUC